GCUACCGACGCCGGCGAGCGGGGAGUUGAGAACAAAACGAUGACCAUUAGUUAAUCAUUGGUUUAAAUGAUAACAUUUGUAUCAGUUACAAGGAUUUAACAGUCCUGUUUUAUAGUAAUUCCAUCUUUUAUGGAAUUAUUUCGUCGAUGAAGAAAGCGUCGUCGUGAUCCAUCGCAGUGCAAUUCUGAACUCGCCUACCAACUGUUCGGUUUAAUGCCGAUGAGAAAAGAGUCCGCAGGAAAAUGAUCUCUUGCCAUAACCGACCCGACCCGACCCGACCCGACCCGACCCGACCCGUUUCUCUUUGAAAACAGGAGUCUUUUUUUUUUGUUUUCAUCUUAUAUACUACAAUUAAAUUGUUGUUCUUCGACCCGGCUUCUUAAUUCCCUUCUCCUCAAUCUCGAAACCAAGGGUUUGCUUUGUUCCUGUUUGUUACAAUGGGCGGGAGCAGGUUGUCAGUGAAGAGUGCAGCUUUCGCAAAGCAGGCUGAAUUCUACAAGAAGGACCAGUCGAGGCUUGAGAAAAACAAGCUUGUUACAUGGGACCCGUUUUAUAGUGAAGAUGGUUUGUUGCUUCUGGAACCGUUAGAUACCCAAGAUGAUGAGAGCAUAAGUCCAAAAAAAUUGGGGCCUGAUAACAGGUUGUCUUGGGUUCAAGCCUUGAAAGGAGGACAAAUGGGUAAAAAGUUCACUAAGAAAGACGGUAAAAAUUCUGCAUCGAAAAAAUGUGUCAGGGCUCAAGUGUCAAAGAAGAAAAAAAGAUGCAACUAUUUCGAUAAAAAAGAGAGUACAAGUUAUGCACAUAAAGGUAGUGUGAGGGUUCGAGGCCUAGAAGGGGAUCAAGAGUCUACUUAUACCUCAGAUGAAGAGAACAUGAAUUUUUCAUCAGAAGAAGAUACAACAUUUUCACCACGACCAAUCCAAAAGAUGAGCGCUCUGUGUUUUGGAUUACUUGUUGAGGCUCUCGAAAACAAGAGGGCUUCUAUUAGAGAGAAGGCUCUGUUGGAGCUUGUGGAUACAUUUGAAAGAGGUGUGCUUCAGGAGCAGUUAGAAACCUGGUGCAUAACAAUAUUUUAUGGAUGUCUUAACUCAUUUUUUGAGGGAUCAGCUUCUGAGUCCUGUUUAGCUUCGCGUGUUAUCGGAUUUCUGGCCAUCACUGUUGGUGCUGUAAGUGAUUCUCAUGAAAUGAUGCAAAAUUCAAUUCCAAGACUUUCUCUGGCUUUGGAAGCCAAUUGUGAAUUGCUUAGGUUAUCAGUUCUUGAUUGCUUAGCAAUCACAACCUUUUUUGGGGCAAAUGAAGUGGAUGAAGUGGAGACUUCUAUGAGCAUCAUGUGGGAUAUAUUUCAUUUAACAUCCUUUUCUGAGCCUGGAGAGAUGAACGAGCUUUCUGCUGCUGUACUAGCAAAGGCAAUAUCUGCAUGGUCCCUUCUUUUAACAAGAAUUGAUAGUUGGAGAAUUAGUCAACAAUUAUGGAAGGAGUCAAUUUCAAUCUUUUUUACUUUACUAGACGAUGAUGAUUGUGGGGUUCAUAUUGCUGCUGCUGAAGCUAUUGCUGGUAUUAUUGAGACAAAUAGGCUAGAUAAGUUUACGCGAAAAGGUGAUGUGGACAUCACAGAGAUAAGUAGUAAAAUUAAGAAGCUAGUAGACAAAGCAAAAGGUAGUCCAAUGGAAGAUCUUAAAAGAGCGAGGGAAAUGCUUGAGCCAAUUUUGGAGUUCCUUGAGACAGGCAAAUAUCAUGUGGAACCAAUAGAUAUUCCAAAUAUGCGUGACCCUCUGGAAGUUUCGACAGCCACAAAGUCUAUAGAGAUAAAGUUCUUUAACUCCUUUCUUGGAUGGAGUGGCUUCCUCAAGCAUAUGCAGGAUAAUAAAGUGCUUCAUGAUAUUUUUGGCUGCGAAGUAGGGAAAAUAGAGAAUGCAGUUAUUGAGGAAAAGGUCAAGCAGAACUUAUCAACUCUGGAAUCCCAUAAAGGAAGGAUGCAAUUACGAACUAAGCACCGCAUGUUGGUAAAGGACAUGAACUAUGGUUAUGGCCACUUUGAUGUUACCUGCCAAGAUUGAUUUCAGGUUUCAGUAUUUUGGGGGAUCAGAGGCUCCGCAUAAUUAGGGUUACUGCCCUUGGACUGGUUUCUUUUGCUAGUGUUGAGCUUUCAAAUAAUGUAUCAUUUUAUUGCAACUUAAAUCACAUAUUGGUUUUUUUUUUAAUUAAUGUUUUUUUUCCUCCAUUUGUUUUGAUGUCUCCUGAUUAGCGUCUAUUUCAGUGAGAGUGCCUCCUGAAAAGAACAAAAGUUACUGCUCUAAUUUUUCUUGCUCUCUAAAAUCCCUACGCUUUGGACGAAUCCUAUACAUGAUUUGUUCAACUCUGCGUGAUUUGGCUUAACUCAGAAACACUAUUAGUGAAUCUGGGUAUUUCGUUUUGGAUCCAAAAUUCAAGGGAUCAAGCAUGGACAAGAUGACAAACAGAGAAAGGGGUACUUCUUGGGUAGAAUUAGGAAACAGCUAAAGCUUAUUCGGGGCUGUUUGGUUUGUUUUCCAUUUUGUUGGAAACCUCAUUCCAUGGGA